AUGGAGGAAUAUAAGGAUUUAUCAGUCAACGGGCUAGUUCAAAAAUUGACAGAUAUAAUACAGGAUAACGAUACUCUAGAUAAAUUAAGACUGUUUGAUAUACGUCGUUACGUUGUACGAAUGAUUGGCCGAUUCCAGUGUAAGGCUUCAAUGACAGCAUCAACUUUAACAGACAUAAUAGACGAAUGUGAAGAAUUAUUGGUGAAUACAUUGGGUUUUUUGAGAGAUAAAAUAAAUAGUUUUUUUAUUGAUCAAGAUUUGAUGGAAAAUGAUGAAGCUAACAAUAUUUUGAAGGCUUUUGAUUUAUCUAAUGUUUUUAAUGGACUUAGGAAAUUCGAGGAUCAAAUCACAGCUUUUAAAAAAAUUAUUAAACUCCUUGAAGAUACGAGAGAGUUUAGACGACAGUGGAUUGAACAAUCAGGUCCCACAAUUUCUGAAGUUUUCACUAACUAUCCUCGUCUCUUGGAUUUUAAUGGAGAAAUGAUUGAACGAGAAUUUGAUUCUCUAUACCCGGAUUCAGGAGAUAAUUUUUUGGAAAAAUUUCCCACGUUCUAUGCCCCCCGUAUUCUUCGUUAUGUCCAAGAAUGUAAACCAGCUGUAUACGCUGAAUCAACUAUUAUUGAGGAUGAAAAUUUGAGGGCUCUACUGGUGUUGUGUACAUUAAUGGCAGUAUCGAACUCAGUCAUCACAAAAAGAGGCAAAGGCAAGGGCAAAGGAAAAAAAAGAACCCAUGAAGAAAGGGAUGAAUCUCCUGUGCCUGUUAGAAGUUCUAUGUUUCCUAAUAAAGAUUUAUUAAAAACUGUCGCGGAUGGAACAAACCUGAAGAAUUAUGCUACCGAAUUAAAAAAACGUUAAGUUACAAACAUUCAGCCUUAUCUAAUACUAAUGAAGGGCCAAGAUUGUGAAUCUUA